AUGUCUGAAAACGAAUAUCCGUUAAAAACAACAUUUGAUAUUUCAGGAACCUUAACAGAAACAUUAUGGUUCCCAGUUGACAAACAAACCAAAAAGUCAUCUGAAAAUAAUUUGAUCUUUUUUAUGAUACCUGGUAAUCCUGGAGUUAUCGAUUACUAUACAGAUUUUUUAACGACGAUUUAUGAAGAACAUGAUAAACUAAUUAAUGUCAUUGGAGUGUCACAUUUGGGACAUUCACAUGAUCCACAUAAUCAAACGGCAGAAACACUUUAUUCAUUACAAGAUCAAAUUGAACAUAAAAUCAUGUGUUUCGAUAAGCUAAGAGAGAAAUUUGAAAAAGAUGAAGACAUGAAACCGAAAUUUAUCUUGGCAGGCCAUUCCGUUGGUGGGCAUAUUUGUAAAGAGAUAUUGAAAGCGCGUCCAAAUCAUGGAAUUGAAAGGGUAUACGCUUUAUUUCCAACUUUACAACAUAUUCUAAAAACUCCUAAUGGUGCUAUGUUGAGCCCUAUCUUAUUUGGAGAAAUUCAAAGAAACAUUUCGGCAUCAUUCAUUCAAUUAAUUCGCACGAGUUUAUUUCCUUCAUUGUUUAAAUCCUUGAUAAAAUUAUGUACUGCCCAAUCUGAUCCUUAUCUUAGUAUUACUACUGAUAAAUUACUUCACGGUCAUAUAGUUAAAAAUGCACUUUAUAUGGCAAGUUCGGAAAUGGAAUCUAUUACUGAAUUGGAGGAAGAAUUUUAUAGAAACAAUUUAAAUAAAUUUGUAUUUUAUUUUUCUGUUGGUGAUCGUUGGGCACCCUUAAGUCAUUAUGAAGAUAUGGUACAAAGGUAUCCGGAAGGAAAGAUUUUAUUAUGCGAUCAGGGAAUGCCACAUUCUUUUGUACUUGGAUAUGGUGAAAUAAUGGGGAAAAAAGUUUCAAAUUGGAUUAAAGAUAUGAAAGAUAAUUGA